UAUGGCCGUCGUUGUCUGGGUGUGUUUCUCAAUGCUUUCUGUCUGUGUGUGUGAGUGGUUGGAGGGUGUCCUUGCUUUCUGUCUAUUUGUCUUGCUUCUUCCCCGCAUUCUAUGGCCGUCGUUGUCUGGGUGUGUUUCUCAAUGCUUUCUGUCUGUGUGUGUGAGUGGUUGGAGGGUGUCCUUGCUUUCUGUCUAUUUGUCUUGCUUCUUCCCCGCAUUCUAUGGCCGUCGUUGUCUGGGUGUGUUUCUCAUUGCUCCGACCCCAAGCUUUGUUUGUCCCGGCUCAUGUCUACUGACCUACAUACAUACAUACAUACAUAUAUAUGUAGUUGUUUCUGGCCCUGAUGUGUGUGUUUGCGCUGUGUCUUUAGAUCUGUGUGGUGCCACACGGUGACCUUUGAACUGUGUAGUUGGCGCGAUAUAGCCGCUGUGUUCUCAGUGAUGGUGACGGCGAUGGUGACGGUGACGGCGUGUGUGUCAAGUGUGUGUGUCCGGCACAGCUCGUGGGUGGUGACGUCAUGAUAGUGUGUACCCUAUGACCUGUGUUAGGACCGGCUGGUCAGUUACACCCGUGUGUGGGCUGUGAUGGUUAUGUGCAGACACACUCUCUGACGUCACUGUGGCCUGUGAGUGCUGACGUCACUGUGGCCUGUGAGUGCUGACGUCACUGUGGCCUGUGAGUGCUGACGUAGCGGGCCGAGCUGAGAUGGCGACCACGGGAAGUCACGAGUCGGCCCGGAGAUUGCCGAGCCCGGGGGGAGAGGAUGGCGUGGCUGCUGGUCCGGACGUAGUGGCUAGUGGUCCGGACGUGGCUCGUGAUGACAUGGUGACUAGUGGUCCGGACGGGCCCAGCCUGGUGCACUGUGAGCUGGACGACCCGGACCUGUGCGGGAACAGGGAGAAUCCGGACGAGGAGCCACAGGGGGAGGGGAGGAGAGGGAGGGAGGGGAGGAGGGGGAGGGAGGAUUUGAACCGCUCCCGCGACAGCAUCGAGAGCCAGCGGACUAUCAUCGAGGCGGACGACUUCUCCUCCUUCCUGGCCCAGGACGAUGACGACGACGACUACAACCCGUUUGACGACGAGGACGUCGACUUUGACGACCACAACGACGACAGCAACACCGGCGGGGUGGUGGAUUUGUCGGCGCUGAUGAAGGGAAGUAACCCCUACAUGUUGGACUUUACUGCUGCCAUGAUGGCCGACAGUGAGCUGGAGGAGAACGAUGAUGAGGAUGAUGAUGAUGAC